UAGAGAAAGAAUUCAUAAGCAAAAAUAACUUUGGCAUCAAUCCAUUGCAACUUUUUGUUGCAAGCAGCAAGUCGCCGUUUCCCAAGAGUUGUUAAGUUGCUAUGGCAGGCAAGGAGACUGGAAACACAACUAAAGACAAAUCUGAAGAAAACAAAGAAAGACGGAAACGUGGAAAACUUUCUGCUGAAGAGGAAGAGUUGCACAGAAGAUCAGUGCAGAGGGUUUUAGCAGAAGCUAUUACCCAUGAUGCACCUAUAGCAGAUGUAGAGAUUAUUAUAAAAUAUGGUGGUGAUGUCAAUGGAAAUGUGAAUCGCGGUCUGAAACCUAUUCAUUAUGCCUCCUAUGCUGACAAUACAGAUAUUAUUCGAAUUUUGUUAAAACAUGGAGCUGACAUCAAUGCUAGAGAUGACGUUGGUUACACACCUCUUCAUCUAUGUGCACGAAAGGGUCACUUGAAGAGCAUGAAAUACUUGAUAAAAUGUGGGGCCAAAAUCAACAUCGAAGCUCAUGAAUAUACUCCUAAACAAUCUAAACCUUUUACGCCUGAUGACCAAGAACAAAAUGAAAACCAAGACCAAGGACAAAACCAAAGUGAAUUAAAUACAACGAAUGAGCAAAGUUCACCAGCUGUAACCAAUGAUGCGUCCGGUCCAACGCCACAGACAGUCUUAGAAGAUUUAACAAUUGAGCCAAUAAAUUUAGCGUUAGAAAACAACCAUGUAGCUAUAGUAAAACUCCUCUUGGAGAACGGUGCUAAAGCUAAUCGCAGAUAUUUCAUGGGUUUUGAAAUAAAUCUUGUGCCACUUCAGAAUAUUGAAUGCCUCGAUCUCUUGCUUCAGUAUGGUGCUGACCCAAACUCAAUAAACCGAUGUGGCGUCACCCCCUUAAUGAAAGCAGCAAAAGAGAAUGAAAUCUUUGCUACUCGUCUGUUGUUGAGGUAUGGUGCUGAUGUCAAUUUACAAUGUCCUGAAAGAUUUGAGCAGAAAACAGCUCUGCAUUUUGCAAUCGAGGCUGGAAACCGAACCAUUGCCAGAACUUUAUUGUUACAUCAUGCACAAACAUCAAAAUUUCCUAACUAUAAAUAUAAUGUUCUACAUACUGCUGUCCUUACUGACCGAGAGGAUUUAGUUGAACUAGUUCUUUUAUUUCCCAUCGAUGUUGAUGAAGUUACCGAUGACAACUGUACGGCCCUGAUGAUGGCUUGUGCAGCAACAAAUACGAUGAACCAAAGAGAAAUAAUAAACCUGUUGCUUCAAGCUGGCGCCAAUCCAAACAGACAUGCAGAUAUUAUUAAUUACAUUGCUCCUUGUUUUUCACCAAUUGUUGAAUACCUUAGGAACCAAGAUUCUAUCAGUUAUGAUGUUAUUCUCAAUUUGAUUCAACAUGGUGCCAUAGUUCACUUUGGUGGUUUUACAACAGUUGUGAGGAAGAGAAAUCCUUUUGGAGUUUUGCAUUAUUUUGAUAAAAUUUCUAAGGAUGAGAAACUUCUUAAACUUCUCAUGGAGGCUUGUAGUCUUUUUGAUCUCUAUGCCAUUGAUCGUUGUAGAGAGUUCUCUAAUGAAGAGAAAGAGUAUUUUGAAGAAUUAGGGAAGAAGCCACUCCCUUUGAAGAAUUCAAUCCGGUUUUUAAUAAGGAAUUUGUUAAUGCCAAAUCUAUUACUAAAAAUUAAUAAGUUGCCAUUACCUGAAUUUCUAAAAAAGUAUCUUGCAUUCGAAGCGAUAUAAUUUAUGAAAUGGUAACUGAAGUAAUUCCUGAUACCUGUGUGUGUCUAUAAAUAUUAUAUUGGUCACAAGUUGUUUUGGAAAUCUCUCUUUGAGUAUUCUUGCACAAAAACACAAGAAUUUAUUUAUUUUGGAAAUGAAAUGUAAAAAUUACAUUUUACUUAACUUGUUUAUAUAUUUUUGCGUUCCAUGAACAACUGAGGAUGUAGAUCUUACAAGAUAACUUUUUUCCUGUUUAUUGGAACCUGGAAUCGUAUAAAUGUUUUUAAUUUUCAUUUUUCUGAGCCAAAACAAUGCAUAUCAAUGCUUUGUACUUGUAUUUUGGUAUUUCAGGAUUAGGAUUCCUUCUUCAGGAAAUCUUUGGAGAUAUGGUAUUGUGAGCUGAUCUUCAAAGAUUUCCUGAAGAAGGGAUCCUAAACCCAAAAUAUUGAAAUAUAAGGUAACAGUACAAACCAUUGACUUGCAUUGUUUUGACAUAA